UCACAAUGAUUAUAAGAAUAGAAACAAAAAACACGACGCCACUCAAGAGUUGACUCAAAGUUUCAAUUGUGACUUGACUGAGGUAAUGAGAAAAUGGAAGAUUAUUUUGGCUCAAUACCGAAGAGAAAAGAAGAAAAUAUCGGAUUCAAAAUCUUCAGGUUCUGGGUUUUCAGAUGUAUAUAAGCCAAAAUGGUUUGCUUAUGCAUAUUUGAAUUUCUUUCAUGCAAGGGAUGAACCGAACACCAGCACGAACUCACAAGAUGAAAUAAAUGAACAGCUAAUAAUACAUAAUACAGUAAAUGAAAGUCAAGAGUCAUCUCAUGAAAGGCCAGUAGAAAAGUUUAAGGCUCCAAAGAACUCGUUGAAACGUCGUGCUGUCGAUGAAGACCCGAGAAUUUCCCAUGCUUUGUCCAUUAUGGACAACGUAAAUAAGCAGAUGGAAGCAAGAAAACGUGACGAUGAUUUUUGCUGCAGGCGUCGCAACGAAAUUAAGAAAAAUUAA